AUUGCCCGCUGUCUCGUGAAGCUUCCCAGUGGUCCUUUGGAAAGGUCUCCGUAAAUCUGUCCAGCAUGCCCUUUGACUUCCUAUUCGCCUUCAGCAAGAGAACCAUGCUGAUCACCAUCUCCAUCUGGUCUGGCGUCUUUCUGGUGUUCUUUUCCGUUGCCGUCGCACUGUCUGCCGCUGUGAGCCCGUUCUACUCAUUCUUAAUCAUCCCGGGUUUCAUAGCUUCCACGGCCUCCGCCAACUUGUAUGUAAAUGAAAGUCGUCGUCGUCGUGCUGGCUCCACGCAUGAGCUGCUCAGUGACCGCCACCUGAGCUCCUUCGUCACGGACAUUGCUCCUAUUCAUCGACGCUACCUGCAGACAGUCGACAGCGUUGCUCAGGCAGAGCGUGGGUGCGAUGACGUUACGGAAACGCGCCUCAGCAGUGGGAUCAAGCUUGGGAGUCUGAAGCGAUCUUCUUCUUGCCUGAACACCCCAGUGAAGGUGAUGGAUCUGAAGAGAUCCUUCUCCACACCCCGGAUGAGCCUUAAUCUCGUCCAAGAGACUCCAGUCGUCUCGUUCACCAACACGCGUCAUACACCAGGCCAAGAAUAUGAAACCAGAGUGCUUUUUCACGUACCUCAAGAUGUCAUGGGUUCACCAACUAACGAGGCGCCGAGCAUUCCUUGUUUCUGGAAUGAAGCCAUCUACGAAGACAACGAGUCAAGACCCGAGAGUUCGGUGGUGACAGCGACGCCGUUGUUGUCAUCAACUUCAUUGCAAAGCAAGGCGUCCAGAGUAAAAAGAGACGUUCCAAGCCCUUCGACAACGGAAGAAGAUGCCGCGAUUCUAGCUUCAGGAUCUUCCUUCUGGAGCAUGGAAGCGAGCUCCAGUCAAGGAUUUUAUCGGUUCCAGGAGACUGAAGCUUGGGAGACCCCGAUGGCAAGUCCUCCGGGUUCUAAAGGAAAACUGGAAGCUGGAGCGAUAAGGUUGGUUGGAGAAGUGGCCACAAGGAUGCCACAUGUUCAAGCGGACGGCGAUGCAAAGUCCAAGAAGCUUAAGAAGAAGUUGAAGUUGGUUCCUCGUUUUCUCAAAACCAAGAAAGAAUUCAUGCGUUUCAAAUGAAAUGGUUUGACGCGGCUCUUGAUCUACAUAGGGUAUAACUUAAAUAAAUUGCGAUAGUACAGCUCCCGUGGGAUUCUCUCGUGAA